AUGUUGCUGUAUUUCUUACUAGCUGUGGACAUCAGCUUGGCUGUUCCACUGAGCAGAGAUGUAUACAGACUGCCGUCCGGUGCCUUGGAAGAGUUGUCAAACAGAGGUACGAUAAUUUUGGAAGCAGCCUCGAAGAAUGCGCUAUUAAUGCUGGAUGAAAUGCUGAGGAAACAGAAUUUCCACUGGAAAGAAUGCAGCCAAUGCCCAACAUGUCUGUUUAAGAACUGUGGCAACAAGACAGCUCAGUGUGUUUUGGGAGCCAUGCCUCCUUCUGAGCCCAGUUGUGACUCCAUUUUGAAAGCUCAGUUGUUGGAAUCUGAGUCCAUGCGAAACUGGGAGCUGAGUAAAGCCUGCUGGUAUUAUCGAGCCUACUGCCACCAGGAAGGGGAUCUGAAGGAGGACUGUCUAAGAAAGAUGCAAGAGUACUGUCACAUGAGAAUACUUCAGUGCACCGGGACAAGUAGCCUGAAAAGUCAGAACUCUCAGUUAGUCUCGGAGACAAAACCCAUUUGUGGUCGGAGGGCACCAACAUCCAAUGAUACUGUCGCCAUGGGGAAGAUAGUUGGUGGCAACGUCGCAGCCCCCGGGAGCUGGCCUUGGUUGGUGCUGUUAGAGCUGAGCGGAAAUGUCAUGUGUGGUGGUGUCCUCGUGAAGGAGUCGUGGGUCAUAACAGCAGCACAUUGCUUCACAGGGAACAGAAAUGAGAAUUACUGGCGAGUGGUCAUUGGCAAAUAUGACUUAAGAAAACAAGACCCUGAAGAAAGGAUUUUCCAAGUUAACCAGAUCAUCACACACCCCAAGUUUAAUGAAAGAACAUUCAAUAAUGACAUUGCACUCCUGGAACUGACUGCUCCUAUAGCCAUUUCAGAGCAUUUGAACUUUGUGUGUCUGCCAGAAAAUAUUGAAGAGCUUCCUGCUGGAACAAUGUGUUACAUUGCAGGUUGGGGUUCAAUGUAUGAAGAUGGUCCAUCUGCAGAUGUACUAAUAGAGGCAAGAGUACCUUUGCUGGCACAGAGCACGUGUAAAACUGCACUGGGAAAGGAUCUAAUUACCACUCAAAUGUUCUGUGCUGGUUACCUAACUGGCAAUGUUGACUCCUGCCAGGGAGACUCUGGAGGACCAUUGACUUGCAUGGAUCCUGCUUCAAAAAAGUAUUAUCUGUAUGGAAUUACUUCAUGGGGGGAUGGCUGCGGCCAGCGUGGCAAACCAGGGGUUUAUACCAGGGUACCAAGUUUGAUAAACUGGAUUAACAGCGAAAUGAAAAAAUCCCCCGGUAGUCGUGAGCCAACUUGCUUUGACUUUCACAAGCUCUCGUUGAUGCAAGACGUGCAGCGAAAGACCGAGAUUGCUCAACUCUGUGCAUACUACAGCAGGUUAUGUCCACCAUUGCUGGAAGCAGCAGCCUACAGUCAAUGCAUUGAGGAGAGGUGCAAAACGAGAAUGAAGAAAUGUGAAAUCAGGACAUUUUUACAGAAUCUGCUGGACUUGCUUCAGCCAGUUGAAGAAUUCAUCCGCAGUAAAGUUGACUUCUCAUUUUUCACACAGACAAUCCCAAAAUUCUUUGAGGAAAUUUACACAAAAGUGUUUCCUUCAAAAGAGUUUCUGUCAAUGUACGAGAAAGAACAGGUACAAACAACUGCUCUAAAAGAAGGAAGACACGAACAGUCUCUGAAUUCAGUUUUAGGUUUAAAAGCUCCACAGAAUAUCAACAACAGAACUACGGAAAUGAGAGCAAUCGAAGCUGAAGUCCUGUUCAAAGAUAUUGGCCCUGAUUUGGACAGCUGGAUCAAUUAUUUCGCUGAGAUCACAGAAGAAACUCAACCUGUAACUUUCAAUGCUAAAGAAAGGGAACGCAGAAGCUUAGUCCAAAAAGAAAGGCAGCUCUUAUUUCAGAGUUCCAACCUCCAGCUGGAAUCACUGAAGACUCAGCUUUACACUCUGUUACAAGGUUUGAGGAACCAGCCUGAGAUAGAUCAGCUUCUUGCUCAUAUGCUGAAGAUGUCACAUGAAGCAGAAAGAUCAUCCUUGGCAUCUAUGAAACAAAAUGGAUUGAACACAUCAAAAGGUAAUUUGAAAGUGAAGAAAAGGGAUGUUUCAAAUAUCCUUUCAGAGCCUGGAAACUCUCUGAAAGCAAAUGGUUGUCAGAGUGCAAAUGAAACACUGCUGAACAUUAGCAUAUUGAUGGAUGAAUAUAAAUGGAUUCUGGAUAUACCAACAGAGGAAUUGUCAAUGACCUUUAAAGAGGUGCUGGUGGACACAUCUUCCAAAAAUGAGAAAGGAUUAUUUAAGGCACGUGUUAAAGCUCUGGUUGGAGGUCGACCUGCAACCUUUCACAGUCUGGUUGGUUUGGAGAAUGAUUCCUUUUAUAGAAGCAUGGCACAGAUUAUUGCUCUAGCUCUGGAUAGUUUAAAAACAUAAGGUGAUGCAGUAAAAUGAGUACUUGAAACAUUUCUUCUGCUUUGGAUAUCAUGUUAACAUCCUGUAAAAACAAUUAAGGAAUACAGUAUAUAUUGAACUGGGAUAACUACA